AUGGCUACAAAUACGAUAGCAUUGACGAUGUGUUCAUCUUCAGAAUGUAAAAAUGAUGCUAAUGCUCUAUGUUUACAUUGUGAUAAACAUGUAUGUACUAAACAUUAUCUAGAGCAUGUUAAAUUAACAAACGAUGAACUUCUUCCAUUGGCUGAUCAAUUAAAUACUAUCAUAAAUACUCUACAAGAAAUCAAUGUAACUCAUAUUUCUCAAUUAGCUAUGGAACAACUUGAACAAUGGCGUGUAGAAAGUCAUCAACGUAUUGAUGAGCUUUAUGAUGAUAAAAGAAAAACUCUAACUAAACUUUCUGAAUUAAAAUUGGAAGAGGAAUCAAUGAUCUCGAAAAAACUCAAUACUUUAGUACAACAAUAUACUGAUCAAUUGGAUGCAUCGUUUCAACAAGUUGAAAAAAUUAAAAAAGAUAUAACAGCACUUGAAACACGUUGUUCAAAUUUAAAGAAAACUGGCUUUUUUCAUUUCGAAAAUAAACCAUUAGAAUUGAUAUAUCAUUCAUUAGUAAUCAAAGCAAAACAAUUUAGUUAUUUUACAGGAGGUGGUUCACUUCUUCGUCUUGAAUAUCAAAUUCUAUUAAAUGAAUGGAUUGGUAUAAAAGGGCAACAUUGGCGGUUAAUAUAUAAAGCAAAACGUGAUGGAUUCAAAGCUGAAGAUUUUCAUCGUUGUUCAGAUAAUCAAGGUCCAACUCUUACCAUUAUUCAAUCAAAAGAAAAUGAAUAUCUUUUUGGUGGAUACACAUCACAAGGAUGGACUUCUUCAGGAAAUUAUGCUGAAGAUAAAAAUAAUCCUUUUCUUUUUACUCUCAUUAAUCCACACAAUAUUUUACCUACACGAUAUACAAUCAAAUUAGAAAGUAUAGAGGAUGCAAUGGUUCAUAGUUCUAUAUAUGGUCCAACAUUUGGUGGAGGUUUUGAUCUUCAUAUAUGUAAUGAAAGUGAUAUAGUCCCCGGUAGUUAUUCUAAUUUUCCUGUAUCAUAUAUUGAUACUACUGGUAAAGGGAUGCUUACUUUUACCGGAAGCAAUCAAUUUCAAACAUCUGAUAUUGAAAUAUAUCGGCUAGUAUCAUAA